AGCCCAGCAACAUCAAUUGUUUUUUUGGCUUGAUUGUUUUUUUUUGGCGUGAUCAUACAUAGAAGAUAGUGAGAUUGAUUCAUUUUUACUACGAAGCGAUACGACUAGACUAAUUCUCGAAGGACAUUGUUUUGUGUUUAAAAAGUUUUUUUGGCGUGAUUCGAGUGUCGCCUACGUUUGAGACUUAAGGUAGAUAGUAGGAGACAUCUACUACGUACAGAGUCAAUCUUCUGAUCAAAUUUUCUACUACUACUAUUUAGUUACAGGCACUCUCUCGAAAAAGGCAAGAUGUACGGCUACUACCCAGCUCCGUGCAACACGGUUGUGUACCAGCAACCGGCGCCACAGGUCGUGUAUCAACAACCGGCUCCGCAGGUUAUUGUGCAGCAACCGGCGCCACAGGUGGUGUAUCAGCGUCCUGCGCCGACUCAGGUCGUCUACCAGCGCCCUUGUGCACCGCAAGUUGUUUACCACCAACCGAGAACCCAUGUGGUCUGUGCUCGUCCGGCGUACCACACGGUUCAUCAUCACCGAUCUUACCGCCGCCACGAUGACGCCGUAGCAGGUGCGGCCGUCGGUUGCGCCCUCGGCGCAGUCGCAGGCGCGGCCAUUCUGGGUGCGGCGCUCAGAUAAGGCUCAGAGUGUGGAGUUGUGGACUCAGUAGUGACCCGAUGGUGAUGACUGUAGGUAGACGGGGGUCAUUAUGUAACUUAUAAUUAUCGUGUAAGUAACUUGUAUUAGAGGUAGUUGGAGGAUUGACAUUGAUGUUCGAAAAAUUUAAACAUAAAGACAGUUGUCGUUCUGAUUGAGAUCGUAUUGUAUGUAGAAGGUCGUAGUAACAUUAAUGAAUCAUUCGAGACUCUCUAGCACUAGAAGCAGAGAUGCCAUUCAAAAAAGACAGAAGCUGGAUGAAAAAAGAACAAGGUAGUUGGACUCGCUAGUUUUGCCAUUUUGGAUUGUGAGUAUAAUUUGAUGUAGCGAGGUAAAGGAAUGUCAAUACGUCUUCAGGGUCGAGAAGACCAAGAUGUCGCAGAACUCCACACACAUGAAGAUCAUCAACUUCAACACAAGAAGAAGAAUAUAUCAAGAGGAGAAAAUCGAGGAGAAGUGAUCUGGUUGUUGUGAUCAUGAUUUCUUACUAGGGUUAGAGGAUGGACCAUGGAGAAAUGAACAGAGCAGUAGUCUCCCUUGAUUCUACGGAGGUACGUCAAUCUACGGUCAAUCUUUUUUCCCAUGAGACGCUGUAUCCGCCGUAAAUGUACCCGUAUGUGAAAGAUGUGUGAAAAAUCUUAGGAAAACCCAAAACUAAC